UUUUUUCUUCAUGAUAUGCAAGAUCAACUUAAGCGAAAUAGAUGUGUAUCUCCAAUACGUGUUUACCGAGGACAGUUUCUAUCAAAUGAUGAAUUACAAACACUUAACAAUUCAAUUGGAGGUUUGAUUUCCAUAAGUUCAUUUCUAUCAGCACAUUCUAAUCGUCAAAAAGCUUUAAAACAUUUAACUGAGUCAGAUGAAUUACGAGGAACUUUAUUUGAAAUUGAUGCUGAUCCUCGUCUGGAUGAAAUUAAACCAUUUGGUUAUACUGGUCAAGACGAUGAAAUAUUAUUUAUGGUUGGAUCAAUAUUUCGUAUUAAUGACAUUCAUCGUCAACAUGAUGGAUUGUCAAUUAUACGAAUAACAUUAUGUUCAGAUAAUGAUCCACAAUUAAAAUUAAUAUUUAAAGAUUUAAAAUUUGAUACCAAUGAUAAUAAAAGAAAAUUACUUUCUUUCGGUGACAUUUUAUGGAGAAUGGGAAAAUUAACAGAAGCUGAAAAAUAUUAUCAACGUUUAUUAACUAAUUUAUCAGGUGAUGAUUAUUACAAUAUCUCGGAAUGUUAUUAUGCAUUAGGAAAUAUAGCAAUGGAAAAAGAUAAUUGUAAUUUAAGUUCUGAAUGGCAUGAAAAAUCAUUAGAAAUUAAGAAGGAAAUAUUAGAAGAAUUUGAUCCUAGUAUUGCAGAUAGUUACAGUAGUAUUGCUGAUAUUGAACGAAAAAAAGGAAAUUCUUCUCAAGCAUUUGAAUCUUAUAAUAAAGCAUUAGAUAUUUGGAUUAAAGCAUAUGAUGGUGAUCAUCCGAAAAUUGCCAUGUGUUUAAAUAAUAUUGGUUGUAUUUAUGGUGAAGAAAAAAAUUAUAUUAAAACACUUGAAUGUCAUGAAAAAUCUUUGAAAAUAUUAAAAAAACAUUUUCCAGCCGAUCAUCUUUGUUUGGGACAAGCGUAUAAUAACAUUGGUAGUGUAUAUCGUUAUCUCGGUAAUUAUGAACUUGCUUUAGAAAAUUAUCAGUUAUCACUUAAAAUUAAAACGAAAACAUUUUCAUCAAAACAUCCAUCGAUUGCAUCGACAUUCAGUAAUAUUGCGUGUGUUUAUGAAGAAAUGAAUGAAUUCCAACAAGCAUUAGCUUAUUAUGAAAAAGCAGCAUCUAUUUAUCGACAUAAUUUUCCACCCACUUAUCCAGAUAAUGUUCGAAUUAUAGAUGAUAUUAAACGAAUUUCAAGUAAACUUAAAUAA